UGACUUGCGCCCAAAAGGGAGAUUGUUUGAUCCGUUCCAUCUUCGCCUUCGCUUCGUCUCGCGUGUGUGAUGACAUCGAAUGGAUUCUGAUUAUCGCUUGUUCCAACCGUCAGUUGUGUUUUGCCGCCAUGGGCUCGGUAGUGCUGAAAAGUUUAUCGAUAUUGCUAGGAAUAUUUUUCGUUUUCGUCGGCACCAUGAAGCUGACAUCGUUGAUUAGCAAAGACUUACACAAAGAUUUGAGAAAAGAAUACGUCAAAUACGCUAAAGUGUUACCACUCACAGAAAUGUUUGAUAUAAAAAUUCCAGCAAAAUGGUACAGGAGAGUAAUUGGAUGUCUAGAAAUAAUCUGUGGAUUAGCUAUGGCUUUUAUUCCAAUAAAUGCUGUGAAACAAGGAGCUAAUAUAAUUCUAUUAUUGUUAAUGAUGAUGGCUGUGUAUUGCCAUUACAUGGUGAACGAUAAAUUUGAACGAAUCGCGCCUGCUCUUGUAUUUUUCUUCAUGCUAACUGGACGAAUGGUGAUAGACUGGCAGUUGAGGAGAAAACUGGAGGUUGAUAAUGCAGCAAGUAAUGGAGAAAUUAAAAACAAGAAACAAGACUGAAUCUGGACGAGAACAUGUUUAUACCUGCUCAUAAAUAAUUGAACUGAAUAUUGUGUAAACCCUAUUUCUUCACUAGGAAAAUCCGACCUAUUUCUAAAGUAUAGUUAUGAAUUGAGUUUUCACUGUGUAAGGAUACACCGGACACUUGUUGACUUGAAUCGUCUACUUCUCCAUCAUCAAAUGCAGUAGGCUACUCAGAAUGAAAUUUGUCAUGAUUGAAGUAAUUUCAGGGUAAUUUGAUUGUAUUAUUUUGACGUACAAGCAUGUGAAACGCUAAUAGAUGUAUGACGCACUCUCUUUCAACGUGAUUUAAAUUUUCUGUCUGUAAGAUCUGAUACGGUAUAUUAUCCUUAAGAUUCGUUAACAUCUUCAAAGUAAGCUUCAGUUGCAUAUUAAUUUCUAUGUAAUAUGAUUAUAGUUUUGUAUGAGAAAUCAAGUUACUCUGUAAAGAAUUAUAGAUGAUAAUUGACAAGAUCUCAUAUCUGAACUUUGUUGUUUACUUCACUAUAUUUGAGAUUCAUACUUUCAAAUGAGAACGGGAAUAGAAGAAUUUCAUGUUGAGAACAAAAUGUAUUUAAUAAAUGAACGAUUAUAAAUUUGUAAAAGGAUAGUUUAUUUAAGUAAAUUUUCUCUAACCUGUUUAUUAUUAUUGUUUAGCAUGAUAAUUAUUUUUGAAAGAAAGAAGAGUCCAAAUUCAUCAAAAAAGUUUAAUCAGUUUGGAGGAAGUAUUCAAAUACCGUACUCUACUUUAUUGUUAUCAUCAUUAUAUUCUCUUUAUUUUAUCAAAAAAUCACAGCAAUGCACGUUAUUAGAUUUUGUUGAUAAUUUCUUUAUUUACAACCUUUAUAGAGGUAUACUGUAUAAUUAAAUGAGAAUUAGGCUAAGAGGAUAGGUCUACCAUCCCCUCUCCCAUAUUGUAUAAAUGAAAAGCACAGUUAUUACUGAAAUUUAGACUUUGAGAAGCAUAAUAUUAUACAGAAAAUUUAGAACUAUGUUAUACACGAUUUUCUUGGUACUGGUACCGUUUUUUUGAGCUUGAAGAGAAUGGAUUUAUCCUGAUUGUUUUUCAAUUUAUUGAUUUGGGAAAAUCCUAUUACACUUUUGUUAGUGAAAUAAAAAAAAUAGUAUAAUUAAAAAAAUGUUAUGUUUGAUACAAAUUAUUUAAAUUGAAAAUACUUUUACAUUGAUUGAAUCGUUUUCUAUUGUUUUUAGUUACGGUACUUCCACAAAUGAUUUUUUGGUCUAAUUAUGUACUAUGUUAUGUUUUCUAGUCCUUUAAUUAUAACGAUAAUUAAGUUCAAAUCCCAGUGUUAAAUUCACUAUAUAUUUAUUGUUAUCGUGUAAGUGUUAUUUAUUUUGUUGCCCCAGAAAAUUGUAAUGCGCUUUUAUAAUGACAGUUUUCAAAUUUUAUAAUAACUUAUUAUUGUUGUAGAGUAGUUUGAGACCUACCUGUAAAUAAUAUAAACUAGUCAAAAAUUUGGUGAAUAUAAUAUGAAGAUUUUUCUAUCUAAUCUGUAAUGAUUCGCUCAAUAUUUUGAAUAAUGAAUAUCAUAUUGAAAAUAAUCAUCUAUACUUACCAUAUUUGAAAAUAUUUAUGUUUUCUGUACAAGCUGGAUGCAGUUGAAGUUGAAGACCUCUCCCAUAUGAAUGUUAAUAUUGUUAAUUUCCAAUCAUGGUUGAAAAAUAUAUCUAUGUGUAGUCAAAUAUUCUGAUAAGAAGCAAUUUUUUAUUUCCACUUUUUAUGAAUCUUUAUUUUGAAACUCUUUAAAAUUAAUAACUAUUGGUUUCAUUAAUAUACUGAUUAAUUGAUAACUAUUGUUUUUAAAUGGUGUAUUUCGUAUGAUAUACAGAUAGCAGCGAUUUUGUAUUUCAGAUUGAACACCAAACUCUAUGUGCAAUAAAUACGUAUCAUUAAUGUUCUUGGAAAUUCUACACAUUGCGGCCUUUGUAAUUUUUGGAUUGUAAACUUUCUCAAAUUAUUCUUCCCAAGUCAUUUUAUGAAAUGCAAGGAAUUUCUACAUUCGUUACAGGCAUUGAAAAGUUUUUGAAAUAUAAUGCAGCACAAAUUACAGCUUAUUUUUAUGUGUUUUAUGGUUAGCAUUCAUAUUUAACUUGGCUAUAUCAAUGUUAUCCAUUUUCACCUUGCGAUUAUUAAUGGAAAACCUAUAGAUCAACUAUUCCAUAAUAAAAAAAAUUGUAAGAAAUCAUAUAGAGAUAUUUCAUAAGUACCGUAUACUACAGUAUUGUUGAUAAUAUACAAUAUCUAAAAUUAAUUCUACAUGAAAAAUUUGAAUAACAUCCAUUUAAUUAUAAUUUCCUUAUUACUAAGAUAUGCUUAGGCUAUUCAAAACAAAUCAUAUAGUUGUUAAGUAUUAUUUCCCUGUUUUUGAUAUUUGAGGCCUAUAUAAUUUUACUGCUGUUGCCUUUAUUGGAUUUCUAUUCUGUAGUAUUCUAUAGUGAUUAAUUCUUAUUCUGUCAUGUUCAAGUCAAAACUCCUCUUCAUAUUGUCAAUAUCUUCUUGGAAUAAAAAUGAAUUGCCUUUCCAUCUUCCCACUCUUCGUUUAUUUGAGAGUCAUUGGAAUUUCAAAUGUAUUCAUUUAGAGAAUUUCAUACAUGGUUUGCCUGCGCAUUCCUCUAA